CUGCUUGUUGUGGCGGUGCCGCUUGCUGCUGCAAAGCUUACUUCUUUUUUUCCCGUUGCUUGUUGAUUGGAUUUUGGUGAUUGAAAAGCUUGCUAUCCACUUCUUCUCCAGUAUUAUUGCUUUUCGGUUCGAUUCGAUUCACCCUGCUUUCUCUCUUUGCUCUUGGUCUCGUAGCUACAGAUUUAUUUAUUUUUACUUGGUUAUGUCUACUGACUGACUACUGCUUAUCCUUAAGCUGAUCUGUGCCCUCUUCCGUUUCUUCUCCUCUUCUUCUUUCUUCUAGCUUCAGUUAUUUAGUGCAUCUACUCUAGAUUCAUGGGGUUUUCAUGACCAGUGUUGACUCUUUUAACCUGCCAAUGAUCUUUGUAUGGGGUUUUCCUCUCUCUUUUCGUCUUCUGGAGAUUUAGAUUAGUGACGACUGUAAAAGUUCUUCCACCUCUGGAAAAAAGAAAUGGUUUUAAAUAGUAUUUUAAAAAAAGCUUUAUUGAAUCAUCCGUGAUAUGUAUCGACAUAAGUUUGCACUUCUUUUUGCUGACAUCCGCCAACGCUUUUCUUGUCCUCAACGGCGCCGCGAUCGUGUGGAUUCCUUUUUGUCACGCCGCCUGCUGAUAAUACGACUACUAGUUCUUAUUAGAGGAAGAAUGAAAAAGAAUGGCGUGAUCUACCUCGGACCUAUACCUUCACCCCUUUCUCACUCAGAAACCUAAAAACCAAGAAACAGCUAAAAGAGCAUGAAUGCACGCAAGAAAGUCUCAAGAAUACAAUGGAGCCUCGCGAUUCAAGUUCACUGUCGGGACCCAACAGUGUGGUCCUUGGUCGGCUUGCUAUGGACAUCACCUAUAAAUCUGUGCUGCUUAUCAGGUUUCUGAUCCUUGCAUGCAGGCGCUCCGUUCCAGGAUUGAGCUCGGUGAGCUUGAGCACCAGCAUGCAGGGGGCAAUGGCCAGGGUGAGGGCCCCAUUCACGCCGUCCCAGUGGAUCGAGCUCGAACACCAGGCCCUGAUCUACAAGUACCUGGCCGCGAACAGCCCCAUACCUCACAGCCUCCUCAUCCCCAUCAGGAGGAGCCUCGCAGCGUCUCCCUACCCGCCUUCAUACUUCGGCACGAGCACAUUGGGGUGGGGCUCUUUCCAGCUGGGCUACUCCGGCAAUGCGGAUCUGGAGCCUGGGCGGUGCCGCCGGACGGACGGCAAGAAAUGGCGGUGCUCCAGGGACGCGGUCGCCGACCAGAAGUACUGCGAGCGACACAUGAACCGGGGACGCCAUCGUUCAAGAAAGCAUGUGGAAGGCCAGCCUGGCCAUGCCGCGAAAGCCAUGUCCGCGGUGGCGGCGGCGGCUGCUGCUGCUGCCCAGCCUGCUGCUCUGGCCGGCGCCGGAGCUCCUGCUGCUGGCCUCACUGUCAAUCAGCACCAGCUGCCGGCGAAGAGCUACGCCACGGGUGCGACUGACCCUUGCUCUCUGCAAUAUAACAGGGAACUGGUGAACAAACAGAAUGAGAGCGAAAACAUGCAGGACUCCGACAACCUCUCGAUGCUGACUUCCAUGAACACAGGAAACACAGGCAGCGUGUUCCCAUUCUCGAAACAAAACACCAAUCCUUUUGAAGUGACCAGCUCAAGGCUAGAGUUCGGCCUCGUUUCAUCGGAUUCACUGAUGAGUUCCCCUCACAGUUCCUUGGAGAACGUCAACCUGCUCGGCUCACAGAGUAUGAACGAACACCAGAACCCAGCCUCCCUGCAACACUUCGUGGACUGGCCCAGGACGCCUGCCCAGGGAGGCCUUUCAUGGCCCGAAGCUGAAGACAUGCAGGCUCAGAGGUCACAGCUCUCCAUAUCUGCUCCCAUGGCAUCCUCCGAGCUAUCGUCGGCCUCCACAUCCCCCAUCCACGAGAAGCUGAUGCUGUCGCCUCUGAAGCUGAGCCGCGAGUACAGCCCGACUGGUCUCGGCAUUGCGGCGAACAGAGACGAGGCUAGCCAGCUAGAAGCAACCUGGGCGACGAUGUUCCGUGACUCUUCGAUGGGCGGUCCGUUGGGGGAGGUUCUGGCCAAGAACGGCAACGUGGAAGCGAGAAAUUACCUGUCGGCGCCUCUGAACCUUCUCACCGACUACUGGGAUUCAAGCCACGGGAUGGAGUCCUCCCCUGUGGGCGUUCUGCAGAAGACGACCGCCUUCGGAUCGGUCUCCAGCAGUACAGGGAGCAGCCCUAGGGUUGAGAACCACGGCGCCUACGACGGUUUCGGCAACCUGCGGGAUGAUCUCGGCUCAAUUGUAGUGCGCCAUCCAAGCAUCCGCCUUGUGUGAGCUUUCUGAGUUCUGACCAUGGAAAACUGCAACAAGACGGCGGCCCGCAGCCAUAGAAGUGGGCAUAUGGGCUACUAUGCUAAUCCUCAAAGCGUGAGGGGGGGGCAUUUACCUCGUAGUUUGUCAUUUGAGACUGAUCUCCUGUUUUUUGUCACUUCAGUUCUUCUUUUGCUUCCCUUUUUAACUUGGCUUUGUAACUUUCACCUUCCUUGGAUCGUGAAAAGCGCUGUGGUGUGUGGUGUGGAUGGAUUUGGUGCGCCGCUGAUGCAUAUCAUCAUGUGAUAGAAGAAGCCAGUAUCCGUCGAGGAUUACUGCGAGUAUCGCCUGUUUGUUGUUCAUACGUCAUACUGCUGCACUGCACUUCA